CCAACGCAGAGCAAGAAGCUGACGAGGACGCCGCCAGCCAUGUCGGCGGAGACGGAGCGGAGCUCCACGGAGUCCUGCCCGGCGUCCGGGCUCGACUUCGAGGACACCGCCCUCACCCUCACCCUCCGCCUCCCGGGCUCCUCCUCCUCCUCAGCCGCCGACGCCGACCGCAAGCGCGGCGCCUCCUCCUCCACCUCCCCCGCCGCGCACCAGUCGCCAUCCCUCGCCGCCGCCGGAGCUCCGCCGGCCCCCAAGGCGCAGGUGGUCGGGUGGCCGCCGGUGAGGUCGUUCCACAAGAACGCGCUCGCGGCCAAGUUCGUCAAGGUGGCCGUCGACGGCGCGCCGUACCUGCGCAAGGUGAACCUGCACGACUACGCAGGGUACGACCACCUCAUCCGCGCGCUCCAGGACAAGUUCUGCUCCCACUUCACCAUCAGGAGGUUCGGCAACGACGAGACCAAGCUGGUGGACGCCGUGAACGGCACGGAGUACGUGCCCACCUACGAGGACAAGGACGGCGACUGGAUGCUCGUCGGCGACGUCCCGUGGAAGAUGUUUGUGGAAGCCUGCCAACGCGUUCGUCUCAUGAAGAACUCCGAGGCUGUCAACUUAGCACCGAGAGCUGCCCGAUGAAGCAUACUGCGUGGCCCUUACGAACGCGGCUGCCUGAAAGGAGGAGGAAGCUUUGCUCUGCCGAGGUUCUUCAUGUGAGAUAGGAAUGUGUACAGUUAUCACUUACCGCUUUUGGUUCAGCUAUGGUAUCGAGUCUUGAAAAGUUGUUAGUUUCAUUGCUUGUCCGUAGUAGUUCUCUACAUAUAUAUAUAUAGAUGGUGAAAGUGCUAGUAGUCUAGAAGCUUGAAAUAUACACCUACAGUUUGUCCCUUGAUGAAUAAGACCAAAUGCACAGGACCUGGUGUUCUGUGCUGUCGCUCGCACUCGCACGUAGCGAGGUCAUGUGUGGUGUACUACUGGCGAGGCCUUUGGUGUCGCCCUGGUAAAUCUUAUUUAUGCCAACUGUCAGGUGGUGGUUUUGCUUGAA